UUGAAACUUUUAAAUUGCAAUAGGUGCUGCACUGUUCACCUCACAAAGGUAUUUUUUUGCUUCCUCUAGAAAGCUUCACCAGUCGCGAACACGCUCCAGUUGCCAGUGAACCAGUCCUGCGGGGCAUCACUGAGCGAGCGGUCGCCACACUGACGUCUGCGUCCCAUUGGCUGUCAACGCAAGCUUCCCGUUUUCUGGCUACUUGGUCCCUACAGAGAUUUUUCCUAAUCACACAGGGCGAUCUCAAGGACUUCAUAGAAGUGAGUGCAGAGUUUCUGUCCCUGGCUCAAGCCACGUGUGAGGCUUUUGAAAGGCAGCAGCAGCAGCAAACGUCACAGAGGAUUAUUCAGCAGCUACAACGAUCAACAACACAUUUGCGGGCCGUGUUGGAUGAAGCCCUCCGGCACUUUGUGAGCGACUGCACAAAGCUGUCUCGGGAGACAUUGGACCAGACCAUGCCAGACCGAAGGCAGUGGAGGAUCAGCAGUGAUCUCAGUGCUGGGUGUGCGGAGGGGCUCAGUGCGUACAUGCUGGCCCUGGUAGCCACCGUGCUGCAACCGGUGGCCGAGGCUCUUCGGCCGCUGGAGGCCGAAAGACAGGCGCAGCCCAUGGGCCUCGCCUGCUCCGCCCUGCUGCACGCCUGGAUGGAGCACAUUGUGCGCAGCAGAAUUGUCUUCAGUGUGCAGGGAGGUCUGCAGCUGCGCCAAGACUUGUGGGCCGUUCGCGACUUCAUGGCCUCCGAGGCCUGCGCCCUGGGCCCCGUACCCUGUGGUCAGGUCUUGGCGCUGCCCAUCUUCCUCCAGGCGGAGGAGGCCGUGCGCUGUCUCCUCCGGCAGCCGCGGCGCCCUCCGACCCGUUCGGAGAUGGCCGCCGCACAUCUGCUCGGUGGCCGCUGCUGUAGUUCGUGCAUUGACACACCGGAGAUGAGCAGCGACCUCGGCUUGGAGAACCUGGAGUUUUCCACGGUGGACACACAGGUCACUCCGGCCAGCGAACCUUCACAACCCAGCCCAGAUGCCGUGAAGCCAAGAAAGGAGCAGGGAUAUGGAACUAACACCUCCACCAGUGAGACGGAGGGAAGGCACUUUCCAUCAUCAGCGUCAUCCAACCGAGUAGGAGUAGAGAUCUUUAGUCACGUCAACCACCAAGGUGGACAGCACGUUCUUCAGCCAAACGGCCAGAGGGUUAAACACUGCACGCUGUCGCAACGGUGUUAUUCUGAUGGAAGCACGGUGAGAAGCCCCGCCCAAUUGCGGAGCGAACGCUCACUGGCCAGUGGCGAGGACGUGUAUUGCCCCGAGGUGUGGCUUGCCUUAAGGCUGUGUGGAGGAGUCAGGAGGUGGCGCUGGCCACGGCUGCCCUGCUGCACAAGGGGAGCCGAAUCCUUGUGAUGCGCGUUGGCGCGCUACUGUUUCGCGCAUGCCCAGAAGGCGCACGGCUCAUGUGUGCUGUAACGUGGUCGAUUUCAACUAAUUGUGAACGCAAAACAGUUCAGCUAGGUGGUGCUGCGGUAAGUUAAAAGCAGUUGACAGAAGAAAGUGAUGAGGUCAAAUCCUAGUCUGGGGUCAUCUCAGCCAAGCAUUCCUCUGGGGGGAAAUAAAAUAAGCACCACUGUGUGAAAAUUCAACAGUGAUUGUCCCAUGGGUAGACUGGCCCCCACCAUGGGAAUGUAGAAUUGUCAACACUGGCUCAAGACCAUCAUCAGAGUUGAGUACAAUCCCAUGCUUGCUUGAUUUGACCCAUGACUUGACUUUAGACUUUUUUUUAUUCAGCAAAGCCUUAGACUGUGGCGUGUACUACUUGGCCAUAUUUAACCCUGAUGACUUUGUUUUAGUAUGUAUGCGGGAAACCGGAGUGUCUGGAGGAAAUACAUGUGCACGAGUGAAGAACACUUAAACUGCACAGCCUGCAUGCAUGGUUGUUGUGCACAGGCACCCUGCUGCCACUGCACGUGGGUAUUCUACACGUGACUUACGUGUGGUGCCCCCCCACUCACGUGUCUUGCACACCUCAUUUGGUGCUUCGAUAAAGGCACUCGUCCUAACAAUGUACAAAAUGUAUGUUGUACGUCUCCGUGUUUCGUGGACAUUGAUUUUAAAUUCCUCCAUUGAUGGAUAGUCUUUCACGUGUAGCACCCAAGAAUGAACACGGUGUGGUGCUAGAAAACUAUAUUGAAAUUCCGGGAUGAGAAACGUUAUCCAGAUUCUACACACACGGGGCAGAUGGCUGAGUAACCUGAACUUUACAGACAACAGCAGAAGUAAGUUCCUCAGGUUCAUGAUAAACGAAGGCACUGUAAAAUGACUUUGGUACUCGGGUAAAACUCAGCGGGUCAAACCAGAUCACUCUAAUGAAAAAUUAUCUCACCAAUUUCAUCCAUACCUCGUUGUCCGACCUAAUUUUGUAUAUAUAUUGGGAAAAAUCUGACUCUAUUUGUGGUCCUUUUCUGGAGAAUCACAGAGCUCCGGGCCUUGGCCCUGGACUGUUAAAUAUUUAUUUAAUAGCGCUAUAUAGCACUGUAGGAGUGUUUUGAGUCUAUUCAAACACGUUAUAAUGACAUCCAGGUGUAUUUGCUAAUUGAUACUGACUGCAUGCUAGACUAAUUGUAGGUGAAUGUCGAUGGCUUAAACGUAAACAUAAAUAAAACCAUGCUGUCCAUCUCUGAUGCAUGGGAUGAUCCUGGAAAUAUUUUUCCUGUCAACAGUGUGUUGAAGAGCCUAGGCGUUUGGCUUAGUUUUGACCUUUUGAGGUUAGGUUUGUCCCAUUUGCGUCAUAUGGCUAAGAGAUCAAACUCACACUACUUAGCCUUAUUGCUAGAUUUUUUUUUAAUAAAAGCGUGAUUGUGAAAUUACUUUUGCACAGGGAUUCAUAACGGCUACCUGUUGCUCGCUGUUGUGAAUUUAAACCACUGGUUAUCACAGUUCCUACACAAUCAGAAAGCAUCAUAUUUGUUCAGAUUGACUUUUUUACUUAAAAAAAAUAUCUAUAAGCGAUGACUCGUGCAUUUUAUGAUGAAAUAAAUGAA